GACCAGCGCGGUGGACCUAGGCACUCUCUUCUCAUUGCUGCUUGCAACGGCCUUUUCCUUGUUCUAACCUGGUGGCUUGUGGGACCAGGGGGUUGGCGGGUUGGAGAAGAGUUUGGCCAUAGUCUUCCUUCUACAUUUCACACACAUCCUGCGCUCGCUCGCUCUCGCGCUCUCUCUCUCUCUCUCUUUUGCGCACACACACACACACACACACACACACACACACACACACACGCGCGCGCACACACACACACACGCGCGCGCGCGCGCGCGCGCCCGCUCGGGCCCCUCUCGGUGUGUCUUCCUUCAAGAUGACAGGGCGCUGGAGAAAAGGCUGCUGGAAUCAGCUGGUGAAAGCCCAGCCUCUGUGGUUCUUAAUGCCCCAGCAGGAUUAUUUUCACUAAAGAUGGAAACACUGGAGUCGGAAUUGACCUGUCCAAUCUGCCUGGAGUUGUUCGAAGACCCCCUUCUGCUCCCUUGUGCCCACAGCCUCUGCUUCAGCUGUGCCCACCGCAUCCUGGUCUCGAGCUGCAGCUCUGGAGAAUCCAUUGAACCCAUUACCGCUUUCCAGUGUCCCACGUGCAGGUAUGUUAUCUCGCUGAACCACCGGGGCCUGGACGGCCUCAAGAGGAAUGUGACUUUGCAGAACAUUAUCGAUCGCUUCCAGAAGGCUUCAGUCAGUGGGCCCAAUUCCCCAAGUGAGAGCCGCCGGGAGAGGACUUACAGGCCCAGCACGGCCAUGUCUAGUGAGCGAAUUGCUUGCCAGUUCUGUGAGCAGGACCCGCCAAGGGAUGCAGUGAAGACAUGCAUCACCUGUGAGGUCUCCUACUGUGACCGGUGCCUGCGGGCCACACACCCCAACAAGAAACCUUUCACCAGCCACCGCCUGGUGGAACCAGUGCCAGACACGCAUCUUCGAGGGAUCACCUGCCUGGACCAUGAGAACGAGAAAGUGAACAUGUAUUGUGUAUCCGAUGACCAAUUGAUCUGUGCCUUAUGCAAACUGGUGGGACGUCACCGAGACCAUCAGGUCGCGUCCCUGAACGACCGAUUUGAGAAACUCAAGCAAACUCUGGAGAUGAACCUCACCAACCUGGUUAAGCGCAACAGUGAACUAGAAAAUCAAAUGGCCAAACUAAUACAGAUCUGCCAGCAAGUUGAGGUGAAUACUGCUAUGCAUGAGGCAAAACUCAUGGAAGAAUGUGACGAGUUGGUAGAGAUCAUCCAGCAGAGGAAACAAAUGAUCGCUGUCAAAAUCAAAGAGACAAAGGUUAUGAAACUGAGAAAGUUGGCACAACAGGUGGCUAAUUGCCGCCAGUGUCUUGAGCGGUCAACGGUCCUCAUCAACCAGGCUGAACAUAUCCUGAAAGAAAAUGACCAGGCCCGGUUUCUCCAGUCUGCAAAAAAUAUUGCCGAGAGGGUCGCUAUGGCAACAGCAUCUUCUCAAGUUCUGAUUCCAGACAUCAAUUUUAAUGAUGCCUUUGAAAACUUUGCUUUAGAUUUUUCCAGAGAAAAGAAAUUGCUGGAGGGGCUAGAUUAUUUAACAGCCCCAAAUCCACCAUCUAUCCGAGAGGAACUCUGUACUGCCUCCCAUGACACCAUUACAGUCCACUGGAUCUCGGAUGAUGAGUUCAGCAUCAGCUCCUAUGAGCUUCAGUACACCAUAUUCACUGGCCAGGCUAACUUCAUCAGCCUGUACAAUUCAGUGGAUAGCUGGAUGAUUGUGCCCAACAUUAAACAGAACCACUACACAGUGCAUGGACUUCAGAGCGGGACCCGCUACAUCUUCAUUGUUAAAGCCAUAAACCAAGCAGGCAGCCGGAACAGUGAACCCACCCGACUAAAAACAAAUAGCCAACCCUUUAAACUGGAUCCCAAAAUGACUCACAAGAAGUUGAAGAUCUCCAAUGAUGGGCUGCAGAUGGAGAAGGAUGAGAGCUCUCUGAAGAAGAGCCAUACCCCGGAGAGGUUUAGUGGCACAGGCUGCUAUGGAGCAGCAGGAAACAUAUUCAUUGACAGUGGCUGCCACUACUGGGAGGUGGUCAUGGGUUCCUCCACCUGGUAUGCAAUUGGUAUUGCCUACAAAUCAGCUCCCAAGAAUGAAUGGAUUGGCAAGAAUGCCUCCUCGUGGGUCUUCUCUCGAUGCAAUAGUAACUUUGUAGUGAGACAUAACAACAAGGAAAUGCUGGUGGAUGUGCCCCCACAGUUGAAACGUCUCGGGGUUCUUCUGGAUUACGACAACAACAUGCUGUCUUUCUAUGACCCAGCUAACUCUCUCCAUCUUCAUACUUUUGACGUGACCUUCAUUCUUCCAGUUUGCCCAACAUUCACAAUCUGGAACAAAUCCCUAAUGAUCCUGUCCGGCUUGCCUGCCCCAGAUUUUAUUGAUUACCCUGAGCGGCAGGAAUGCAACUGCAGGCCUCAAGAAUCCCCUUAUGUUUCCGGGAUGAAAGCUUGCCAUUAAGUUUCCAGAGAGUGUAUAAGUCACUGGCUCUCCAGUCCAGCAGUUCUUCCCCUCCUAAACCUCAGUUAGUGUCCAAUAUACAAGAUACAAAAUAAAGUUCAUCUGAAGCAUCCAAAAUAACUAGAUAUUAUAGAUUUAAUUUUCGUGCACUAACGCUUGUAUUCGAAUUAAUGUAUUGAGUCUCUCAGAACGAAUUCUCUGAGGAGUCUGGGUUCAAGCCAUUGGAGGAGAAAUUUAGAGAAUACCUCUCUUAUCAUUGGAGAAUUAAAAAUUCCCAGUGAUUUAGGAGUAUAGAUGAUAUUGGAAGGAAUUAGGAUAAUUCUAAGUAAAUAAUGUAGAAAGAUGCUCUGAACAAGGGGCUAGCCAGCCGGAAAGGUGUGUGUGUGGAGGGUGUCAGCCUUUCUGGCACCGGCCCGUUUGGCCAAGUAGAAUUUUGAAGUGUCGAAGGAUCACAUAUUAUAUGUAGUUUUUGAUAAAAAGCCUACAAUCAAGGAUUUAUUAUACGAAGAACAUGUAUGUGUAUAUAUAACAUAUAUAUAAAAUGAAUAAAUAAUAUAUGUUAUGUAUUCAUUUUAUAAUUAUAUAUACAUAAUAAAUUUUUUGAUUUGCUCAUUUGAGUGAGAAACAUACUGGAAGGAAAAAUAAGUUAUAUCAUUCAUUUUUGUCCCCUAAAGGGAACAUCAUCAAAAUCAGGCAACAUUUCCUCCCUCCCUCCAUUCAUCCGUCCCCUUCUCCCUCCUGUCACACACACAUGUGCAAUAAUGACAUAGAUGGUGGGAAGAGCUCUAAAUUGGAUUAGGAGAGAUUGGGGGACAAGAUUGCACAAGAGAUGCUAUUGCUGGAUAGAAAAUUGAUCCAAGCAGAAGCACAGUUUCACUGAGGCUACUUAAUGGAGGAGGUUCCUUUGAAUUGUUUAAAAAUUCCGUCACAGAAUGUCUCAAAGAAAUACCGUUUUAUUACUCUCAAAUACAUACAGUUACUAGAAUUAGGCUAAAAAAAAAGAGUUGCAUAAUGGUUGUUCUUUAGGAACUUUAUUUACUUAAUCAGUAAGAAUGGAGUGUUCUAGAUCAAACAACCAUUUGCAUAUAAAUGUGCUUGUAUUUUCGGAUAAAACACUUCUGAAGUGCUUCAGAAUGCCGGAGAACAGUCUGUUUUCCUAAACAGGUUGAAGAAUUGUUCCUCUUGCGAUCUUGUUUACACUAGUCAUCUGCUUAGCGGACCCUUCAGUGGCAAAUGCAAAUAUAACUUUCAUCCCUCCCAGUCUUCCUCGCUAUUGUUGAAGGGCAUCAAGUUUUACGGUCUGUGCUUUUGUCAGUUCCACUGCAGGGACUGGGGAUGUCAGAACCAGAGCUUUCUCCUUCCCAGGAGAUAAGUCCACCUCAAGGAGUCUGCUUCUCGGGAGUUGCAAAAAUACUACUUUUGUACAAAGCAGUAGCUGUCCCAAGCCACCAGACGAGCCUUGAAACAAUGCCAAAACGUCUCCCCUCUUCCUUCCGACCACCUCGGUGGACAUUCAUUCAUUCAUUCAUUCAUUCAACAAACUACUAGAUGCUGGGUACCACUCUGCUGCUGAUGUAUUGAUAAAAACACGUCCCUUGCUGUCAAAUGCCUUACUAUUCUGUAGGAGAGACAAAGUAUCUAUAUAAAUCCCCUAAAUAACAGCUUUGUAUUGUUUGUUCACCUAACAGGGAAAGCAAGACUGAUGCGCAUACAGAUGGCAGGCUCAAACUUACGUUAUCUAGCAGCAACAUCCGCCUUUUGGUUGAAAAAACUGUAUGUCAUUUUUGCUAAUUAGGAAAGGAGCAACCUCAGUCAGAUCCAGCAGUGCCGGGAGCUAGCUUGCUGCCGUGGAAAGCCUUUGGACUAACAUAAUCCUAGUUCUUCUGCCAUUUCCUAGCGGUGUGACCUAGGGUAAGCACUUCACUUCUUCGGGCCUCUGUUUCCUCUUCUGUAAAAUAAUACCUACCUCACAAGGCUGUUGCAAAGAUUUCAAAAGAUAGCACAUGUAAACUGCCUAGCACAGCACCUGGCAUGUAGUGAAGUGCGCAAGAAAUAUUAACCUCCUCCUCCCGGCCCCGGUCCCGGCCCCAGUACGGUGUAGUGGUGCUUUAAAACGAUGCCUUUCAUUUCUCAGUUACUCUGGUCUCUCCUCGAGGGCUCAGCCCCCAGUUUUUAAACAAAAGAAAUGAUUUCCCCACCCCCCCCCCUUCAGAAAACCUCUCACUGGCUCCCAUAGCAUUCAGUAGAAGGUCCCAUUUACUUAGGGUUUGGCCUUUCAGGUCCCCGUUUGCUUUCCCAGCUUCAUCCUUUGCCACUUUCCUCCUUCCACUUGUUACUCUAGACAAGGUCAACUCUUCAUACAAGUUGUUCUCUGGGCCUGGAAUAGAAACAUUCCUAACAGUUCUGAUGCCCAGAGUGAACAGGAAUUGUUCUGACAUUGAGGGAAUCGUGUGAAAAUGCUAUAAAUGCAGAACACACCCCCUCCACCCCAGUCCAAUUCCCUUUACCUUAUCCUCGGGGCUCCCCAGCUAUUCAUUUUUUUGUGCCCUUUAGGUUUUAGUGGCCUGGGACAAAGCUUCAAUUUCCCCUCCUUACAUUUGACCCUAGCCUAGACUACCUUUCCCCACCCCGCCCCUCUCAACCAGAUUGACUCCUGACCCUCUCCCCCUGCCCCUAGCCUGGGGUAUGUUCUCAUCUGAGCUCUCAUGGCACCCUGAGCGUUCCCCAUCCCCUUCUCAGCAAUAAUCACCUUGUAUAGAGUGUUUUUCGAAGUGUGGUCCUCAGACUGCCUGUUAGAGUCACCUUUGGUGUUUGUUAAAACAAUUGAUCCUAGACCCCACUCCUGAUCUACUUAAUUGGACUAUCUGGGCACAUAAGUGGAAUUUUACAUUUUGAACAAGUUCCCAGGUAAUUCUGAUGCACACAAAAGUUUAAUGUAUAAUAAUCAUCUUCCCUACUAGACUGUGAAUACCUUGAGGGCAGGGACUGUGUCUUUUGUUGUUGUAUUUUUUAAUACUCGGCAUGGUGCGUGGAACAGAGUGGUUGCCUGACUAAUGUUUAUUGAAUGAAUGUAUGAAUGACGAAUGAAUAAGCAAAGUUUCCCUGUUGUACUCUGAUAUCCAUACCGGUGUUUGUUAUUUCCUGGGCAGAAAAGCUUGGUUACUUCUCCAUUUGGGCUAUGUUAAUAUUAUUUUGCAAAUGUCCCAGGACUCACACAUAUAAAUGACUAUUGUCUGCCUCAGAAGCUCUUUGGAAGUUAACUUGGGGAAUUGUCUAGAGCAUGUGGCACUAUUCUUUUCAAGAACUUUCCAAUCUUUUCAAACUUCGUUCUUUGAAGGUGGAUUUAAGUUUGGGCUAUAGCCAAAAAUCACUCAGAGCUUAACCUACUGAAUAAUGCAGGAAAUUAAACUGGGUUUGAGGUAAGCAAUGACGUUUCUGAGCCAAAUAAUGAACAGUGCUUUCCAAGAAACAACAUGGUGGUAAAGUACACCUGUGGGGGUGUGGUGAGUCCCGGAGACUGCAAGGCUUUCAUAGAUAGUGGCAAGGCCAGGGACCUUAUUGACUGCCUCUAGCUAAAUAAACCCAGUUGGACAAAGGGACCUGUAUUUAACAUCUUCAAGGAAGGUGACGCCCUCAGUUUUCAUUGUUGUUGCCCUACUCAAUCUAUUCCCCUACAGUCCUUUCUGCUAGCAAAUUAUUCUUUCUGUCUGCAAUUUAUGCUUGUUUCCACUUUUUUAUAUUGUCUUAUUGAAGAAAGCACAAAAUUAAUCAAAAUAAAGUUAAACCUGUUUUGAGAAUAUGACAGAAAUUUUAAUGCCACAUUGGAGUUGUGACUACUUGUAAGUAAGAAUUGCUGCAUCUGUAUGUGUUUUUAUCAUGUAAUUCCAUUGUGUAACUUUGGAUGCAGUGAAAUUCAGAUUUCAGCAAAAUCACUUUUAUGUUCUUUUCAGCUUAAAUACACUAGGUGAAUUUUCUAAGCUUCCAUGGUUUACAUAUUUAUAUAUGACUACCUGGAUGGAGCAAUCCAUGGAUGGACUUUUUGAUAAGCUCAAAUAUUUGAUACCCUUUCCUCUACAGAAUGGAAAUGUGAGGCUGACAGAUAAGAACCACUCCCAUGCUUAUUUCAAUUCCUGAAGCCAAUUGCAGCCUUGGAGCCGUUGUCUGUAUUUGGCUGUGUAUUACAAGUUGGCCAGGUGGACUGCCAUCAGGGCAGGUAAAACUGCCUUUUACGGUCUGGUCUGCCAGCUUCAGACAUAUACUGUGUUGUUGUUGUUGGCUAGAAUAUUUAUUAGACUAUUGUCGGACUAUUUUUUAUUAAAUAUUUUAUCCCAGGCUUGUUUGUACUGGGAGCUCUGGACCAAUAGUGUCUCUCCUAGUGACAGAAAUCUGAGCAUCUGUGGAUUACACAGCCUCAUCCUUCUAAAAUAUCCCAGCCAUCCAAAAUGCUAUAUUAUGAAUUAAAUAAAUAUAUAUGUAUUCA